AUGAACAUAUCCUGCGCACCGAUAAACUGUAGCCAUAGCUUGCCGGCAGUCAAACCGGAUCGAAAACCGCCAGGAAUGCAAAGCACAAAUCUGACAAAGGUAGAGACCAGCUCGACAGAAUGUGGUGACCUGGACUUGAUGCCUCCGCAGCAUACACAUGCGACAGGCCGCACAAUCAGAUCACCUUCACAUGUGGGAAUUGAGUUUGAUUAUGAGAGUGCAGCGCGGACGUUGCAUUAUGGACGACGGAUGUACCCAACCUUUGACCCUUCGCACACGCAGUCAUGCCCGCUACGGUUUGUGCGACAAUUCGAGCACGCAGCGCAGCACAAUGGGCUUCACUUGAAGGCAUGGGCUCGAAGAUUCAACUCGUGCCUUCACGGAAAGGCGGAGGACUGGGCUUUUGACGAGUGUCCGCUAGAAACAACGGGCCUCUCAUGGGAAGUGCGGUGUCGACAGUUUUUAGACUGGGCGCUGCUGCCCGCUGAGCAAGAGCUGAGGCGACAAAGGCUGCUGAGAUUUUACCAGGCCGAAACUGACCUGAGCAUCGAUUUUGUGUACUCGUUUGAAGAAGCGUCGCGCGGGCUGCGAGAUUACAAGGAGAAUGUGUGGGUGCGCAAGUGCAUUGCCAAUAUGGUAGCUCCUAUCCGCACGGCACUGUUUGAGCUGUGGCCUGAUGGGCUUCCAGUGCGGUUCCGCGAUUUGCGCGACUCGCUGUAUGCUGUGGAUUGGAAUCUGUACGAGGCCGCCAGCGUGCCGCUAAAAGUUUUUAAGUACGGUUCCCCCUAUGUGUACGAAACGUACAACGCCCGCACAACAUUUGCACACGCACUCCCCAGCCGCACCAGCAUGGCAGGCGAGCGGCCCGCAGCCCAACAAUUACUGCAUGCGGCAACAGCGUCGCGGCCGCCAAUUUCAAUAUCCGUCAAUCGGAAGUAUUCCUCAACCAUAUCAUCUCCAGAUCCGCUAUCGGUUGCUGUUGCCAAAAAGAAGCGGAACGGAAUCAACACAACAGCACAAAACCGAGGGGCACUUAGUUCUGUAGUGGCGGGAUCAUUGAGCCCUCGAGUUUCCUCGGAAGCCGCCUCAAACAACGCUUUCAUUGACACUCGUCGCCCGUCCACAACACAUACCACGGUGCCCAACAUGGGGCUGUUUGAGCUGAUCAACACGCUGGGCCAGAUAUCAGACAGAGAGCGUGGCAUUAUCAUGUCAGCGCUGGAGAAAAUUGGGACAGUUCCUGAAGACGAGUCGCCGGCUUUUUCGACUGAAGAAAACACAUGCGCAGAACAGACACAGACACAGGCACAGACACAGAGAUCAGACAUUUACUCUGGAACAUUGAAUUCCACCACUGCAGCUGUCGUGCGACAAGGAACAAUAAAGGGCGGCCAGAAUUCGCGUGCAGCGACCGCGGCAACAAUUGCAGCAACAGCACAGCUAUACGUAGACACUGGAAACUGUGGCGGUGGCGGCGUGGUGGAUAAUAACACGAGAUGCUUGAAUACGACCAGCAACCGCUCUAGCGCCAAUGAAAACUUUGGAGCUAUGUCCGGUGUGCCAGGUGUGCGUCAGCGCCCAGCAAUAGUCAUGAGGGCCUCCAAUGAUAGCGAUGAGCAGCAGCCAGCGGACAUGAUCCGACUGCGCACACGGCCACUGACCACUAUGGCGUGCAGCAGCCGACCGCUCAGCAACAUUUUUACAAGUGCCGAUGUGAGGAUGUCAAUGGCUAAGCAGCCAAUCAAUUUGGCCAGCACAACCACACCAUUAUUUGCACAGGUGCAGGAAGCCGCAGCUGCCGCUGCUGCUGAGGAGCAGGCGAGGCUGACACAUGCGCGCAAGCUGAGCAACCGCAAAAGCGACUCGGCACUGACCACAGCAACCAGGUCAAUGCGGGCGGCAGAGAACCUGUAUUAUUGCGACUCAGUGGAUAACGAAUUGCGAUCGCCAGAGUUUACAAUCAUACACCCAGCCAUUGAUCUGAGGACGAGCGCACGCAGGGGCCGUUUCGCUUUCAUCAAGAAGAUAUCACACAUGUUGACCCCGCACUAG